AUGAAGAAUCUGCUGUCAGUCCUUCCCAUGGGGAUGCUGCUCGCUGCCCUUACAGACUCCGCAGGGACCACAGCAAUCAACCUUGAUGAGCAAUUCACCAAGCUGUGUGGCCGAGACUUUGUAACAAAAGUCGUCAACGUCUGCAGAGGAAUCAACUGGAAGGAUCUCCUUCCCCGUCUAGAUGAACCCUCUCAGGCCUCUGGAGAUGAUGCCCUUGUGAAAGACAUGAUGAAGAUGCAGAUGCUGCUUCCCGGUAAUGGGACUCACGAUCCUGGCACGGACAAUGGAGAACAAGGAUUACACCCAGACCUCAGCCAGAGUGAGGAGAUGCCUGAUGAUGUCCAUGGGCUUGUCACACAGACCCCGGGAGAUCACGAGACACUGCUGGGUCUGGAAGAAACAUUUACCCAUCGGAAACUGACCAAAAGGCAAAUUUCAACCACCGAUCGCUGCUGCAAAAGCAGUUGCACAUUGAGGCAGAUCCGCCGACUGUGUUUCCAGACAAAAUGA